AUGGCUGGCGUGUCUGGGAAGGCCCAGGGGGGCGAGGGGGGGUCAACACGAGGAGGCAUAGGGAAGCUGCAGCUGCUGCUGCAGCACGGCGAGCGUUUCUUAGAUUUGAUUUGCAGCGGCAGAUAUGAUGCAUCGAGAGACGUAUCCGAGCAGCUGAGGGAGCUGCAGCAGCUGCGGCAGCAGCAGCAACGACAGCGGCAGCACCGUCAGCAGCAGCAGCAGCAGCAGCAGCAGCAGCAGCGACAGCAGCCAAGUGAGCCUGACGGUAAAGAUGAUUUCGGCUCCCCUGACGACUCCGAUCUCCCCGAAAAGAACAGCAACAACAGCAGCAACAGCAGCAGCAACAACAACAGCAGCAGCAGCAGCAGCAGUAUGAAGAGCAACAGCAGCAGCAAGCGUCGUAUGGAGGGUUGGGUGAAGAGCGGCUGCGACGAGGACGGUGACUGCUGCCUGGACGGCGCUGGCGGGCGUGAGGUGUGUGUGCCCAGCAGCGUGCUGCUGCCCCCCAAACCCCACCAGGUUGAGGGGCUGCAGUGGCUGGUGGGGCUGCACGAUAAGGGGCUGAGCGGGCUGCUGGCGGACGAGAUGGGGCUGGGGAAAACCUACCAGACCGUCGCCUUCUUAGCCUUUCUCAGAGACCAUAGAAACAACGCCGGGCCACACCUCAUACUCGCACCCAAAAGCACCAUUGGUCAGCUUCUUGCUCUCUCUUUUUUUCUCUUCUGUAUUUUUUUCGUCGUGCUGGAGGCUGUGGUGCUGGUGGUGGUUAUUGUUUUUUUUUGUAUUAUGGUGACGGUGGUGGUGGUGGUGGUGGUGAUGAUGCUGCUGAUAAUGAUGGUGAUGGUGGUGGUGAUGGUGGUGGUGGUGGUGUGGCUGAUGCUGUUGUUGCUGAUGGUGGUGGUGCAGCAGCAGCAGCAGCAGCAGCAGCACAACUAG